AUGGUGGCACGCAAAGUCUUGAGCAUCCUCGAGGUUAUCCAGAAGAACAUCCGCAACCCCAGCAAGCUUCACAUGAUGUCCAGCAUCAAGGACGACCUGGGGUCGCGCGGCAUUGAGAAGGCUCCCACACGGCGGUCCGACAGAUACAGCACCGCCGGGGAACGGGCAAUGCAGCUGACCUCGCAUUGGGUGCGCAGCUACUCCCACUUCUUCCGGACCUACUCUACCGCCCAGAAGGCUGUCCGCAAGGUGCACAAAGCCUGCACGAGGUACAAGGACGAGCCGGGCUUCUUUGCGCCGGUCUUCCAGGCUCAAACCGUGAAUGGGGACAACUUGUGCCGGUUGAGCUUCUACGACUUGAAUGAGCGCCAGGAGUCCGCAGAGAAGGCGUGGGAGCUUUGGCUGCUGGAUGCGAAGUCCUUGGGGAACAACGGCUACACGCAGAAUGUGAAGCUGGGGUGGGUGCUGGGCAGCAAGACGGAGCCAGAAGUGAUCCUCUCCAGCAGACUGGUGCCAUUGACCGAUGUGUUCCUUCGCCGGAAGUUGGAGGAUUUGAAGGAGGCCAACAGUCAGGAGAUGCGGGAGAUCCUGGGCACCUAUGUGCUGCACAAGUGGAUGGAUAUGGGCGACGAGGACGUGCGACCGCAACAAGCAAAGGGCCGUGGUGGUACGGUGGGACGAGUGGAGGAUGUGGAUGGCUUCCUGUGCCUGCCGCUGGUGGUUGAUGCCUCAGCCACCAAGGGCCUAGGACACGACGUUCUUCAGCUGGAGAUCAUCGUCGGGGCGGGCCAAGGGGUUUCAUGGCAUUAG